AUGGCAAGCCCUAACGACGAGUCCUCUGCGGACUCAUCACACCCGCAACUCACUCCACAGAUCGCAAUCCAUACAGACGAUCAAAACACACCAUUCUCACCGGGGCAGACAGAAUCACAUCCUACAACCCUGAUGCCAUCUGCAGGCCGGUUGACAGUCAACCAUGACCCACCACGCACAUCGCAUUCGCUCGACGGCGACACUCUUCGCACCCGUGCGGAUUCGACCGUCUCUAAUGCAGAGACAAUCGCCAACUCAGAAGCGCCAUCGAAGACAGUAGAGGGCCCGCCCAAAGGCACAUCCAACGCAGCCAACCUCUCAGAGAUCGACGACGUCCCGCUAUCCGAAGCUCUCAACCCAGAUCCUCAACAGGCCCAAGAUUUCGAGGUGCAGGACAACCGGUUCCCUUUCUCGCCAGGCCAGCUGAACAAGAUGCUCAACCCCAAGUCGUUGGCUGCUUAUCAUGCCUUGGGAGGGUUAGCAGGCCUAGGAAAGGCUCUGCGAACGGACCUCAAGUCCGGGUUAUCCAGCGACGAAACAAGAUUACAUGGUAAUCUCGUGUAUGUCCCGGAGACAUCGUCGUAUGAAUUACUCAAUGAGACUACUGCCAACUCAAACGGCACAGAAGGUGCAGACUCACAGUUUCACGACCGGAUACGCAUCUUCAGCCAGAACCGGCUACCGGCGAGGAAGACAACGGGGUUUCUGAAGUUGUUGUGGAUGGCAUACAACGAUAAGAUCAUCAUUCUGUUGACGAUCGCCGCGGUUAUCUCUCUUUCCCUGGGCAUCUACCAGACUAUCGAUGAAGGGCAUGGUGUCGAUUGGGUUGAGGGUGUUGCUAUCGUUGUUGCCAUCGCUAUUAAUAAUGACCGCGAGGUGAAAGCUAUCCGCUCUGGCAAAGAGAUGAUGAUUUCCAUCUUCGACAUCACCGUCGGUGACAUCCUCCUUGUUGAACCUGGCGACUCGGUCCCUGCAGACGGCGUCCUCAUCUCCGGCCACGGAAUCAAAUGUGAUGAGUCCUCAGCGACCGGUGAAUCCGACCAAAUGAAGAAGACAGACGGGUUCGAAGUAUCCCGGCAGAUUGCCGACGGCACUGCCACCAAGAAGCUCGACCCUUUCAUGAUUUCCGGCAGCAAAAUCCUAGAAGGCGUUGGUACAUAUCUGGUCACCAGCGUUGGGAAAUACUCCAGCUAUGGUCGGAUUUUGAUGUCGCUGCAAGAAUCGAACGACCCUACUCCGCUCCAAGUCAAGCUGGGUCGACUGGCGAACUGGAUUGGGUGGUUGGGAUCAAGUGCUGCUAUUAUUCUCUUUUUCGCUCUGCUCAUUCGCUUUCUCGCCAACCUUGGGGACAACCCUGCUAGCUCGGCUGCCAAGGGCCAGCAGUUUGUUGACAUUCUCAUCGUAGCUGUCACUGUCAUUGUUGUUGCGAUUCCUGAGGGCCUUCCGCUGGCCGUGACAUUGGCUCUCGCCUUCGCCACAACACGAAUGGUCAAAGAAAACAACCUGGUCCGUGUUCUAAGAGCAUGCGAAACGAUGGGCAACGCAACAGUAAUCUGUUCUGAUAAGACAGGCACGUUGACCCAGAAUAAGAUGACUGUGGUUGCCGGUACUUUGGGCUCGAAAGGCUUCCAGCACAACCUCGGAGACGAGUUUGCUUCCACCUCUGCUAUGGAAGUUUUCAAGGCUUGCCCCCAGGAUGCGCGGGACCUUCUUGUCAAAAGCAUUGCUCUCAACUCGACCGCAUUCGAAGAAGAAAAGGACGGCUCGCGAGAGUUCGUUGGAAGCAAGACUGAAGUGGCUCUUCUGCAACUGGCACGCGACUAUCUUGGGAUGGACGUUACCACUGAGCGUGCCUCUUCCUCGAUUGUUCAAUUGAUCCCCUUUGACUCUGCUCGGAAGUGCAUGGGUGUUGUCUACCGAGUCUCUGAUGGCCAAUAUCGCCUCCUUGUCAAGGGAGCCGCUGAGAUCAUGGUCGACAAAUGUUCGACCCAAGUGAAUACCGAUGCGGCUAAGCUGAUUGUUGAGCCAGCAACCUUCCAGGACAAGAAGCAAGCCUUUGACACGAUAGACUCAUACGCAAAGAAGUCUCUGCGUACGAUUGGUCUGGUAUACAAGGACUUCUCUGCCCAUUCCUGGCCUCCAGUUGAGGUUGCUGCUGUUCAGGAUGACCCCGACUCCGCCGACUUCGACAGCAUUUUCCACGGCAUGACGUGGCUUGGUGUGAUGGGCAUCCAAGAUCCCCUGCGCCCCGAGGUUCCGGCUGCUAUCAAACGGUGUCACGAUGCUGGCGUUCAGGUGAAGAUGGUCACAGGCGACAAUGUCAACACUGCUACUGCCAUUGCUGAGUCUUGUGGCGUCAAAACAAAAGACGGCAUUGUCAUGGAGGGACCCAAGUUCCGUCAGCUCUCCGAGGAAGAAAUGGAUAAGAUUCUACCUGAUCUUCAGGUUCUGGCACGCUCCUCUCCCGAAGAUAAGCGCAUCCUGGUUGCUCGGCUGAAGAAGCUGGGCGAAACCGUCGCAGUGACAGGAGAUGGAACCAACGACGGACCAGCCUUGAAGACUGCGGAUGUGGGAUUCUCCAUGGGAAUUGCUGGCACCGAGGUCGCAAAGGAGGCCAGUUCGAUUAUUCUUCUCGACGACAACUUCAGGUCGAUCGUGACAGCCAUCUCCUGGGGCCGUGCCGUCAAUGACGCUGUUGCGAAGUUCCUCCAGUUCCAGAUCACCGUCAACAUCACUGCCGUCAUUCUUACCUUUGUCUCGUCUCUUUACAACUCGGAUAACGAGAGUGUCCUCAGCGCCGUCCAGCUUCUCUGGGUGAACCUGAUCAUGGACACCUUCGCUGCCCUUGCCCUUGCAACCGAUGCACCGACCGAGAAGAUCCUCGACCGAAAGCCCGUCCCUAAGCAUGCGUCUCUCUUCACUGUGACCAUGUGGAAGAUGAUCCUUGGCCAGGCCAUCUACCAACUCGCCAUUACAUUUAUGCUCUACUUCGCCGGCAACAACAUUCUCUCCGACUACCUCGACUCUGAUCCUGACAUCCGCCACAGCCAGCUCGACACCAUCGUCUUCAACACCUUCGUCUGGAUGCAGAUCUUCAACGAGUUCAAUAACCGCCGCCUCGACAACAAACUUAACAUCUUCGAAGGCAUGCUCCGCAACUACUGGUUCAUCGGAAUUAAUUGUAUUAUGGUCGGCGGCCAAGUUAUGAUCAUUUAUGUUGGCGGCCAGGCCUUCAACGUCCGGCGGAUUACCUCCGUACAAUGGGGAAUUUGCGUCGCCUGCGCAAUUGGCUGCCUUCCCUGGGCUGUUGUUCUUCGCUGUAUCCCUGAUGGGCCGGUCGGCAUCAUCAUCGACGCCGUGACUGCCUCCAUCAGCUUCGUGAUAAAGCCUAUUGGUCGUGGCUUUUCUGCAAUUGCAAGACCGAUCAAGCGAGUGAUGCGCAGACGCCAGAACAAGGGAAGCGACAACCCCGCAGACAGCGACAGCAGCGACGAUGCGAAAUCUUUGAAUGACCUGAGUGAACAGCGCGUUCCUGACGAGGAGCAACAACGCACCGUGCCUCAAUUUACAUUUACAACCCCUGAUGAUACAUCUGGAAGAUAA